AUGCUCACCACCAGUCUGUUGCUGGGCCUUGUAGGCCUGACGGCAGCUCAGUUCCCGCCCAAACCCGAGGGGCUGACGGUACUGAGGUCCAAGUUCCACGAGAACGUCACCAUCUCUUUCAAAGAGCCCGGCAUCUGUGAGACGACCAAGGGCGUCAAGUCAUACGCCGGCCAUGUCCGUCUGCCACCGGGCUUCCUUGAUGACGUUCAGGGCGAGAAGCAAAAGUAUCCCGUCAACACUUUCUUCUGGUUCUUCGAGGCCAGGCACGACCCGGAAAGUGCUCCCCUAGCCAUCUGGCUCAACGGCGGCCCGGGUGGCUCGUCGAUGAUGGGCCUCCUCCAGGAAAACGGCCCGUGUCUCAUCGCCGAGGACUCCAAGACGGCGUAUCUCAACCCCUGGAGCUGGAACAACCACGUCAACAUGCUCUACAUCGACGAGCCGAACCAGGUCGGCUUCUCAUACGACACGCCCACCAACUUCACCAUCUUGAUGGGCCACCAAGACAGCCAGGAGGACAUCCGCCUGGUGCCAACCGACUUCUCCAAGGAGUCGCCCGAGCUCAACUUGACGACCCGCGCAGGCACGCUGGCGAGCCAGAAGCCGUCGCACACGCUCAACAGCACGGCGUCGGCGGCGCACGCGCUGUGGCACUUUGCGCAGACCUUCUUCUUUGAGUUCCCGCACUACAAGCCCAACGACGACCGCGUCAGCCUGUGGGCGGAGAGCUACGGUGGGCACUACGGGCCGGGCUUCAUGCGCUUCUUCCAGGAGCAGAACGAGAAGAUUCGCAACGGAACGUCCGAAGUGGAGAGUGCGCAGUACAUUCACCUCGACACCCUUGGCAUCGUCAACGGUCUGCUCGACGCUGUGAUCCAGGAGGAGGCUUACAUCUCGUUCCCCUUCAACAAUACGUAUGGCAUCCAAGCGUACAACCAGUCCGUGUACGAGGAGCUCAUGCACAACUACACCCGACCCGGCGGCUGCAGGGACCAGCUGGCGGCAUGCCAGAAGCGCCUCGACGGCUUCGACGUCGCCACGAUCAACAGGCUGAGCAGCCAAAAGGGCGACAAGAAGAAGCCGCACGACCUGUGCGACAACAUGCAAGACUGGUGCAACGACCCCGCGGUGCAGAUCUACCAGCAGGCCAACCACGGGUGGUUCGACAUCUCGCACCCCAAGAACGACCCCUUCCCGCCGCCACACAUGCACGGCUACCUGACCGAGGCGAGCGUCCUCGCGGCCCUCGGCUCGCCCGUCAACUUCACGGCCGCGUCCGGCGUCGUGGCCGGCAACUUUGAGAGCACGCGCGACAUCGUCCACGGCGGGUUCCUCGACGCCGUGGCCUACCUGCUCGACACGGGCGUCAAGAUCCACAUGAUGUACGGCGACCGCGACUACGCCUGCAACUGGGUCGGCGGCGAGAUGGUGUCCACCAAGAUCCCCUACUCGCGCCUCGACGACUUCAAGGCCGCGGGCUACUCGCCGCUGCUGACGAGCGACGGCGUCGGCGGCAUGACGCGCCAGUUCGGCAACUACAGCUUCACGCGCGUCUUCCAGGCCGGCCACGAGGUGCCCAUGUACCAGCCCGCGGCUGCGUACGACAUCUUCAUGCGCGCCACCUUCAACCGCGACAUCCCCACGGGUCUGCUGCCUGUACACGACGAGCUGUCGACCGUCGGGCCCCAGGACACUUGGCACAUCAAGAACGAGCCUCCGGUGCGGCCGGAACCAAAGUGCUAUGUCAUCUCGCCGGAUACGUGCACCGAGGAGGUGUGGGCAAAGGUCGUGGCCGGCGAGGUCGAGGUCAAGGACUACUUUGUCGUCGACAAGAAGGCCGAUGACGUCUUGGGCGACGGGGAGCUCUAA